CUCUUGUAUACUUAACAAAUACGUCUGAACUCUUCAAUUUCAUUCGGCAAAAAAAGACACCGGCCGGCGUAAGGGAGUGAGAGAUUAUAUAUUGUAAUGGCCGACAAAGAAACCGAUUUUCAAGACGACUCGGUCACGGAUUUCGAUCCGGACGCACAACAAUUUGAAGGAGGGGACGGCGAUCAUGACGCUACGGCAACAAACACGGACGAGACGGCCGUGGAAGAUCCGGAGUUAGAAGCUAUCAAGGCUCGUGUAAAAGAAAUGGAGGAAGAGGCUGAGAAACUGAAAGAAAUGCAAAAUGAGGUGGAGAAACAAAUGAACAUUACCUCCCCGACAACAGCACCUACUGCUGCUGGAUUCCCCACAGUCGAAGAAAAACUUGAUGCUGAUAACAGAUCUGUUUAUGUCGGAAAUGUAGAUUACGGAGCUACGGCUGAAGAACUUGAACAACACUUCCAUGGCUGUGGAUCGGUGAAUAGAGUGACAAUACUGUGUGAUAAAUUCACUGGACAUCCUAAAGGCUUUGCCUUUGUAGAAUUCGCUGAUAAAGACUCAGUUGCCACAGCACAAGCCCUGGACGAUUCACUGUUUAGAGGGAGACAAAUUAAGGUGACGGCCAAAAGAACAAACCGCCCUGGCAUCACUUCGACAAACCGACCUCCCCGUGGCCGAGGGUAUCGACGAGGAGGUGGUGCAUACAGACAGUCGCCAUACGCAGGCUACUCACCACGACCAAGAGGGGGUAGAUACAGUCGGUACAGACGGGCCUCAUACUAUUCUCCUUACUGAUGCACGUUUAGCCGUUAAUGUUUCUGGCAGCAAGGAAAAAGAAAGGCUUAAAAUUUGGAUCAGAAAUUAAAAGAAAUGUUUGAUGGAAAUGUGCAAUAUUGAUAAAUAUGAAUUAGAUAAAAGAUGAUCAGAAAUUAAUGAUUUUUUUUGCUGCCAAAAAAAUAAAUUUUAAGAAAUCCAUAACAAGUAGCUUUAAGGAUAUAUCUUAAAAUAAAUGUUUGGGUCGUGGAAAAUUAAAUAAAAACGAAAUUUGGUUGAGGCAUAUUCUUAGAAAAGUCGAACACAUUUGAUGGCUUAUCAAAGUUUGUUCCUAGUCCUUCAUAGCCAGUAGAAUCUCGGGACCAAUGGAUUUGGUCUCCUGUAUGAAAACGAGUGUGAAAGAAAAAGAGCAGUUUCAAAUGGCAACAAAUCAAAUUUAAACUUGUCUUAUAAAAUUCCUGUAGAGUUAACAUUUAGUAAAGUUACUCAUAAAAAUCGACCGUCAUCAAAUAUGUUUUCAUUCAGAUUUUAUGAAAUAUUUAAAUUUUGAAAUCAUCAAUAUAUUCUAACUUCAUAAAUUUUAUUAACAAUGCUUUUAAUGAUAUAAGUUGGAAUUGUAUAGUCCAUAUAUAUAUAAUAUUAAAACAUUUUUUUUAUGGAAUUUGGAAAAAGUGGUUUCCCAAUAUUUUAAUAUUAUUUUAUUUAAAACAAACCGAUUUUAAUUUGACAAAAGAUUUGUAGGACUAUUUUGCAGAUUCUGUCAACUAAUGCAGGAUUUAGCUUUUUUUUCAGAUUGCAGAGUCCUGACGUGUUCGGGUGUCUGUGCAGGUUCUUCACUGUCUUCAAUUUAAGGUUACUUUGGGGGAAACAAAAUCAAAACAAAAAAGAAAGAAAGAAA